ACACACGCGGUGUCACUGACCCAAACAUUGCUCAAACACGCCAACAGUAUCUUUCUCUUCUCUUCUCUUCCAUUAGAAAAUGUCACAACCAACGAUUCCCCUACGUAGGACGAACAAUCAUCUCCCAGAAGAAAUCGUGUCGGAAAUCCUAGUAAGGCUACCCGUGAAAUCACUCCUAAGAUUCAGGUGCGUUUGCAAAUCUUGGUACCGUUACAUAGCCACCCCCAAUUUCAUCAAUAAUAACUUACUGUACUGCAAUGACCACAAUCGUGGUUUUUUCAUACACAUGCCCAAGACUACUGGUUCCAUGGUUUCUUUUAGUCGUCCUCACGGUCAAAUCUGUACGGUAGCUUCCCACCACACGUUUGAAGCUAUAUCCGAGCUUAGAAUUCCCUUACUUUUCAAUCUGGGUAUCCCCAUUUUGUGGGUUCAUGUAAUGGCAUAUUGUGUUUCUCUGAUUAUAGGUCUUUUGAGUUUAAGGAUGUAUACUUGUGGAACCCCAGUAUUAGAAAAUUUAAGAAAUUGCCCGAUACUUGCUUGACCCACUUAUUUAAUGUGAGUCUAGGAUUUGGGUUUGAUUCCCAGAAUAAUGACUACAAGGUUGUCAGGAUUUCACAGUCUACUGCCAAACCUAUGCCUCCCCCUGACGUUGAGGUGUACUCCUUAAGUUCGGAUUCAUGGAAAAGAGUUAGACUUGGAAUCUCCUGGAGAUCCAAUGUUGUGUUCCACAAAUUUAAUUGUACUUUGACAUUCCCGUUUGUGAGUGGAAAUUUGCAUUGGAUGAUAGAAAUGAUAGAAGGAGGUGGGCAAGAGAGGCUUUUUACUUCUAUCAUUUUGUCAUUUGAUGUCAAUAGUGAGAAAUUCAAAGAGCUACCACUGCCUGAUGAUGAAGGAAGUUGUAUUACGAAAUGUCUUACGUCAUUCAAGGAAAAACUGGCUUUGAUUAAAUUUGGAUAUGGUGUACAACCACAUAGCUUGCUAUGCUCAAUUUGGGUGAUGGGUGAUUCCUGGAAUAAACUUCGUGUUCUCCCAAUUGAAAAUCUUACUGAUUUCAUUGGUUUCACCAACUAUGGUUUACUUCUAGUUCAAAAAAGGUCUCGGCUGGUCUCAACCAACAGUGAAUUAGAGAGGAAACAUAAGUCUGUUUUAAUUGACCCUGAAACUCUACAUGAGAAGGAGAUUCAAGUUGAUUAUCGUUUAGAUGUAGCUGCUUACAUGGAAAACCUUGCUUUACUUGAUGGAGCAAAUGUGGUAUAUUACUAAGAAGAUGGUGCUAUGUGUAUAAAAAGUGAUGUCAUCACAGGUAUGGAUGAACUGAAACUUUUGUCAUGUGUUUACUGGUUGCAGUAGACAUGUUAGUAUUGUUAAAACUAUUAUUUGUGCCCUGGAUUUAUAUGAUCCUGUUAUGGUUGCGGCUGUUAUAUAUUAGUAUUUGAUAAUUUUUGUGAAUAAUUGUUGCACAGAUUGUGAACCAAUAAAAAUAAUGGGCCAAAAUAACCUUGUUUUGCUUGUGUUUCU